AUGAAAUCUCACAUACAAGGAUGCACAGGAUUCAGGUGGCAAGUAGUAUAUGUCUUAUUUUUUUGUCUUUGUUAUUCAAUUUCUGGCCAGAUUCAUUAUUCCAUUGUAGAAGAAAUGAUGAAAGACUCUGUUAUAGCAAAUAUUGCAGAUGACCUUGGAUUAGAUAUUAAGCAGCUCUUAUCUAGAAAAUUGAAGAUUGUAUCCAGAGUAUCUGAGAAAUACUUCUAUGUAAAUUUGGAGAAUGGGAAUCUGUAUAUUAAAGACAGGAUAGACAGAGAAACAUUGUGUGGAAGAGCAGAAACUUGCUAUCUAACCUUUGAUGCCAUGGUUGAAAAUCCAUUUAGCAAUUUUAAGAUCAAAUUUGACAUUCAGGAUACAAAUGAUAAUUCUCCACAGUUCUAUCAUGAUCAAUUUGAUUUGGAAAUAAAUGAAUUUACAUCACCCGGGGCAAGAUUUGCUUUACAAAGUGCAGAAGAUCCUGACAUUGGGAGUAAUUCAGUGCAAAAAUACAAGCUUAGUGAUAAUCAGUACUUCACAAUUACUGAGACUAUCAAAACUGAUGGGAGUAAAAUUCCAGAGCUUGUCCUAGAGAAACCCUUAGAUCGAGAGAUACAAGAGAACCAUGAAUUAAUACUAUCAGCAUUGGAUGGAGGAAAUCCUAUCAAAUCGGGUACAACAUUAUUGAAGAUAAUUGUUAUAGAUGCUAAUGACAAUACCCCUAUAUUUACCCAAGAUAUGUACAAAGUUACCUUAAAGGAAAACAUCCCGAUUAAUUCUACAGUGAUUGUGUUAAAUGCUACAGAUAAUGAUGAAGACAUCAAUGCACAGAUCAUAUAUUCUUUUAGUAAAACCUCAAGAAACAUUCAUCAUAUGGGAACAUUUAGUAUCAACCCAAAUUCUGGUGAAAUCAAGAUUAUUGGAGACUUGGAUUUUGAAAUAACAGAGAAUUAUGAAUUGCCUAUACAAGCAAAGGAUGGAGGAGGCCUUGUAGCACAUUGUAAGGUACUAGUAGAAGUCAUUGAUGUGAAUGACAAUGCUCCAGAGAUAACUAUUACUUCAUUAACGUAUCAUUUAUCAGAGGAUUCUGCUCCUGGAACAAUGAUAGCUCUGGUUGAAUUCCAUGACCAAGAUUCCGGAGAUAAUGCUAUUGUGGACUGUCAAAUUCUUGAAGAUGUUCCCUUUGACCUAUUGUCUUCAGACACUUACUAUAGACUUGUUUUAAGAACUGCAAUAGACAGAGAAAAAACGUCUUCUUUUAAUAUCACUAUUAUCGCUACAGAUAGAGGAUCACCCUCUCUUUCCAGCAAACAAGGUCUACAACUGGAGAUAUUAGAUGUAAAUGACAAUCCACCAAUAUUUGCCAAAUCCAUUUAUGUUGCUUAUUUACCAGAGAACAAUUUACCAGGAGCCUCAAUAUUUAGUAUUCAAGCCUCGGAUCCUGAUAUCGGAGACAAUGCUAAAAUAAUUUAUACCAUUUCCUGCAAGUCUACAGAAACUUUAUCAAUGUCCUCUUAUCUUUCCAUCAAUAAAGAGACAGGGGUCCUCUAUGCUCAAAGAUCAUUUGAUUAUGAACAAAACAAUGAAUUUUUAAUAGAAAUCACAGCUUCAGACAGUGGAUCCCCAUCUCUGGGCAGCAAUGCUACAUUAAUUAUCCAUAUAGUUGACCAGAAUGAUAAUGCACCAAAAAUCUUGUACCCGUCACCAGAUAGUGCUGGGUCACUUGUGUUUGAAAUAGUGCCUUUUGUGUCUGAGCCUGGUUCUUUAAUAACUAAGGUGGUGGCAGUGGAUGCAGACUCUGGACAUAAUGCUUGGCUCUCUUACCACUUUAUACAAAUGGCAGAGUCAACUUAUUUUAUUAUAAGUGAGCACACAGGUGAGAUCAGAACAUCACGCAGCUUUCAGGAAAAGAACACGUUGAACUACAAGGUUGUGGUGAUGGUAAAGGACAAUGGAAACCCCACUCUCUCUGCUACAACCACACUCAGUUUUGUAAUUGUAGAUGACUUUAAUCAGGUUGUUACUAAACUUAGCAAUCAGCACAAGGAUGAAGAAUCUCAAAAUAGCUUACAGCUAUAUUUACUUGUUACACUUGCCCUUAUUUCCUUGCUUUUUAUAAUAACUGUCAUGGUGGUCAUUAUUUCUAAAUGCAGACAGCCAAAGUCAUUACCAACUUUUUCUUCUCUCACUACAAAUCUAUAUCCUCCAAUUGAUCCAAGGACAUUCUCAAUGUAUAGUGAUGGAACAUUGCCUUUACCAUACUCAUAUAAUGUCUGUGUGGCAUUAGAUUCUGCUGAGGGUGACUUUUCUUACAUAAAACCAAAUGAAAAUAUUCCUGUGGAAAACCUGAUUGAUGCUGAGAAUGCAGAGCAAAGAAAUGAAAGUUUAAAAGUUUUUCCAAGCAUUGAGCAGGUGAGAUUUUGCUAUUGUCAGCCUUCUCUUUGA